CUGUUCCAAUCGUAAGUGAAAAGGCGUGCCUGUCCAAAAUAUUCAACGUAUAGUUCAAAAAUGGGUGGGUACAUUUUAAACUCGUUUAGGUCCUCUAUGAAGGUAGGCUGCAGCGUGUGUUUAUUGAUGAGAUGAAAGAAGAUGGAAGUGAGAAAUGAAACAAAGUAAGGGAAAAUAUUAAAAAACUCGAAGCCUUGCCGGGGAAAAACCGGGGAAGCUGCGAAACGCUGUCGCCACUGGAGAACAAGCUUAGGACAGCAGCGAUAGUUCUGGAUUGGCUCACGAAGGCACUGCCAGGACAUCAAAUGUGAUCUGGGAUGUCAUUGCCAUGUGGGGAGGUUUCGGAGGCAUCCAGUUUAAAUUGAAAGGGUGGUAUUGAAGAGACCACUGUGGCCCUGUGGCAGAGCGACCUAUGAUAGUGGCAGCAGAGAGGACUGAAGGGACAGCCUAGGACUGGUCUUUCCAUAGCCACCUUCACCAGCAACCUGUAGCAGUGUGCCCUGUGCCUCAUCACCAGCCUCACACACAUCUUCCCAACAAAGAGUCAUCUGACUGUGACAUCUGUUGCAAGGGGAUGACCGAGCGCAUUCAUAACAUCAAUCUCCACAACUUCAGCAAUUCUGUACUUGAGACCCUCAAUGAGCAGCGCAACCGCGGGCACUUCUGUGACGUGACUGUUCGGAUCCAUGGAAGCAUGCUGCGAGCCCACCGCUGCGUGCUGGCCGCUGGGAGCCCCUUCUUUCAGGACAAGCUUCUCCUGGGCUACAGUGACAUUGAGAUCCCCUCGGUGGUCUCAGUGCAGUCCAUCCAGAAGCUGAUAGACUUCAUGUACAGCGGGGUCCUGCGGGUGUCCCAAUCGGAGGCUCUCCAGAUCCUCACUGCUGCCAGCAUCCUGCAGAUCAAGACGGUCAUCGAUGAGUGCACCCGCAUCGUGUCCCAGAAUGUGGGCCUGGCCGGUCCAGGGGGGUUCCCUGUCAACCCAGGGGACUCUGGGCAGGAGACGCCCCGGGGCACACCUGAGUCAGGCACCUCUGGGCCCAGCAGCGAUGCAGAGUCAGGGUACAUGCAGGCCACGUCCCAGCAGAGCCUUGAGCGUGCGUACACAUCGCUGUACUCCUACUCGGGCCUCUCACUGCAGAAUGGAACCCGUGAGCGCUCCCACUACGUAACCAGUAUGACAACAAGCUACGACCCAGCCCUUAGCAUGCAGAAGGACCAGCACGACCAGGACCCGCCGUGGAUCACCCGCAUCCAUGAAAGGUCACAGCAGAUGGAACGCUUCCUAUCCACCCCUGAGACCACCCACUGCCGCAAGCAGCCCCGACCGGUACGCAUACAGACAGGAGGCAUUCACAUAAAGCAGGAAGCAGAGGAUGAGUACAGCUGCUAUGGUAUGGAUGAGUGCACAGAGGACACUGACCACGUUGAGGGUGUGGAGACUGAACCGAAGGGUGAAAGCUUUGACUCAGGGGUAAGCUCCUCCAUUGGUACUGAGCCAGACUCCGUGGACCAGCACCAGUACCCCGUGGGCUUUGGGAGGGAAGGAGGUGGAGAGGGGACCCCAGUGCAGAUUGAGGUCGAUGACUCCUCCCCAGAGCAGAUUCAUGAGACGGAGGAAGGGGGCACAUCCCACAGCACUAGCGACAGUAACAUGUUGCAGCCCCUGCCCAACCCAAUCAUGGCCCAGUCUCUGCCAAGUGCCCUACUCUAUAUGCGUCAGGCCGAAUCUCACACCAGCAACCUGAGGAUGCCACUCACCAUGACCAGCAACACCCAGGUAAUGGGCAUGGCUGGCAACUCCUACCUGCCCACUCUGUUUCCCACACAGUCGGCCAGCAACAACAAGCCCUUCCUCUUCAGCCUGCAGCAGUCCAUGGGAGGCCAGCAGCCCCAGUUUGUGUCCGGGCCUACCCCUAGUAUGCCCCCAUUCCCUCAGCAAUUGACGGUACAGCAACAGGCAGCGCGGGAACAGCAACAGGCGGCCUCGAUGGGACAGGGGGAGAAGAAGCCCUAUGAGUGCACUCUCUGCACUAAAACCUUUACUGCUAAACAGAACUACGUCAAACACAUGUUUGUGCACACUGGUGAGAAACCACAUCAGUGCAGCAUCUGCUGGCGCUCGUUCUCCCUGAAGGAUUACCUAAUCAAACACAUGGUCACUCACACAGGGGUGCGUGCCUACCAGUGCAGCAUCUGCAACAAACGCUUCACCCAAAAGAGCUCCCUCAACGUCCACAUGCGGCUGCACCGUGGAGAGAAGUCCUAUGAGUGCUACAUCUGCAAGAAGAAGUUCUCUCACAAGACCCUGCUGGAGAGACACAUGGCUCUGCACAGCACAGGGGGCGCCGUCACAGGGCUGUCCGGGGCAGCAGGUGCCGGUGGCCCCGUUUCCAUUCCCAUGGCCGUGCCCGAACCUGGCGCCGGCGUGGCGGCCCUCGCCAUGCCCGUCGGCGGUGGCGCAGGAGUAGGGGGUGGGGUCGGACCAGGAGUGGGUGUGGCUGCGGAGGCAAGCUGCCAAGAAGGGACCACCUACGUGUGCUCCGUCUGCCCUGCCAAGUUCGACCAAAUUGAGCACUUCAAUGACCACAUGCGAAUGCAUGUCUCCGAUGGAUAAGUACAAAUAGAUACACUUCUUUAAAAAAUAUUAAAUGAAAAAGAAAAAUGGCACUAGAUUUUUUUUUAUUUUGAGGCAUGAAGAAUAAUCAGUAUAGACACUGGCACAUUAAGUUUCCCAGAAAUGAGUUUUUUUUUGUUAUUCUAAAAGAAAAACAAGAUGGUGGCCUUAAGGCUUUGUAGUUUGAUAUUGAUCCACUGGAUGGAUCCUUACUACAGGCCUCUAAAUGUAUGCUUUCCUAAAAUACUGAUUUAUGUGUUGAACACUACCGAAAGGCCUAUGAAAGAAACACACACACAUACACAAAUUCAAACUCACACACCUAUAUACAGUAUAAAUAUAUCUUUGUAUGAGUGUAUGUGUUAAUCUGUGUAUGUGUGUACUUGUGCGUGUGUAUUUGUAUGUGUGCGUGUGUGUGCGUGUGCAAACAUUGCCAUGGAAUUUGGAACAUGGUAAAUGUAAUCCCAUAUUGACCGUUUUGGACACUAUUAGGAGUCCAAGCUUACUGUGGUAUAAUUUUCACAAAAAAAUAUAAAAAAUCUGGCUUGGGCUAAAGAUUCCCUCUAAAAAAUAUUGUUGGUCACAAGUUUGCCUUCUUAUGUAGGGUAAGAAAAGGAGAGUAAUUAAUUUGACACUGGGUUUUUAUUUAUUAUUAUUAAGGUAUUGAGGGAUUACAAUACAGCUGUUGUGAAGGUACAAAUUGAUAUUAAUAAUUGUACUGAAAUGUAACUUCCUGUGAGUGGGUAUAGAAAUGGGUAUUUAGUAUAUGUGUUAUUGUCCAUGCAUUUUGAUGGUUCAGGUUAAGUUUACAAAAUUAGGGUUGUUGAUAAGACAGUAUUUGAGAAAAAUGUAACAUUGUUAGGAGUUUAUUUCAUUUGCAUACACUGCCACUAAUAUCUUAGAAGACUGUUAAGGCUAUUAGACCUCUUCCAUUUACAACAUGUGACAUAACAAAAGACUAAAGGUUCUUCUUGACAUAAUGAGGUUAUAAAUUAUUGUUUAGUUCUAUGAAGAGGAUUUUACAUGUGCAGUUGUAGCAGGCUUGAUUGAGUAUGCUACCAGACUCAUCAUGACUGCUGCUUCGCAAUUUGCACCAGACUGUUAUCAGCUGUAGAUUACAACAUGAUUGGUCAAUAUUACUAUUAACGUUUAAAUUAAGAAACUAAAAUAUAUUAUUUGAUAAUGGAAUGGUUUACCAGGAUAGUUUAAGACCCAUAAAAUUGAGUGAUUCUGUGAACUUGCAUUGGACAAAAAUAUAAUUGUAUGACCUAAAUCUCUGUAUAUCCUGUUCCUAUGGACAUGACACAGCUAUUUGAGCAGGUGGAGAAACUAAAAUGCACUACUCCUGAAAUGUUAGCUCCACCUGGUGGCCCAAAUGGCAUGUCACGUUCGGACAUUUAAUACAGACACCGAGACAGACGAGGCAAAAGAAACCACAAUAACAUAUACCCCGGUCAAUAAUUACUUCAUAAUAUACCACAACUUGCAGAUGGACUUCCAAGACAAUAAGAUACAUUCCUGAUUUCACAGAUACCUAGACACAGUGUGUACAGAAUAGAUUUGGGAGUAAGGCAAGGGGGUGUCAUUCAAGUGUCACGUCACUCAAAGGCUCUGCUCUGAUAUUUGGCUUACUGUUCAUGCAUUUUAUCCAAAAUAAGACAUACACGUCUGCCUGCAACUGCAAUCUGAAGAUUUUGCUCAUUUCUUUGAGUAGACACACCUUUUUAGUUACCAUGAUAAGAUAGUAACUUACCAGAAUUACAGUCUGAAAACAAUAUGUUGUAGAGAAAAACAAAGUGCUGCUUUGCACAUUUUCUUCAAAUGCCUGUGCUUAAUAUUUUAUUGUUUUACUUAAUAAAUGAAAUUCUAUUAUUUUCA